AUGGAGAAGAACUCCCGAUUGGGAGAUAACUCAAAAACCGGAUUCUCCUAUCCACCUCGGGAUAAGGGAAAAGAAUCCAGGAAGAAAGAAGAUCAACCUACCAAGAAACCUAGAAAGUACCACAACUACACUCCUCUUCGGGUAUCUCUUGUGGAUGUCUACAGAGAUAUAUGCAACAUAGAAAAGAUCCCACCCCCUCGUUCGAUUAAACACAAAAGAGGAGGAAGUCGGAUGGAGUAUUGUGAAUACCACCGAAUCUAUGGACACUCUACCAACGAAUGCUACGACCUGAAGAACAUUAUAGAAAAGCUAGCCCAGGAGGGCAGGUUAGAUCCGUUCCUGGCCACUACAAGGGAUGAACCAAAAAAGCAAAGAAGGGACGAAGAGGGAGGACGAGCUGAACGUCCCCCUCACACUCCGGAAAGGCACGUUCACAUGAUCAACGGGGGAUUCGCAAGCGGGGGGAUCUCCAAGUCGUCCCGUAAAAGACACCUAAAGGAAGUGUACCAUGUCGAAGAAGGAGAUAGGUCAUCAGACCUUCCCACUAUCACUUUCACCCAAGAGGAUGCCGCAGGUACCAUCCCGGGACACGAUGAUCCUGUGGUUAUUACUAUAAUACUAGCCAAUGCCCAUCUCCAUCGAACAUUGGUCGACCAAGGAAGCUCGGCAGAUAUACUGUUCAAAUCUGCCUUCGAUAAGCUUGGCCUACAGGAAAAGGAGCUCAGAGCAUCUCCAAAUAGCCUAUUUGGGCUCGGGGACGCCCUAAUUCAGCCACUCGGGUACAUCCCACUCCACACAACCUUUGGAAAGGAAGAUCGGUCUAGGACGCUAAGCAUAGACUACAUCGUAGUUGACGUGAGCUCAACCUACAACGCCCUAAUAGGUCGGACAAUGCUAAACCAGCUCGCUGCCGUGGUCUCCACUCCACAUCUGUGCAUGAAGUUCCCAACCCCAAAAGGGAUCGCCACCAUAAAGGGAGACCAAAAACUCGCGCGACACUGUUUCAACGAAAGUCUGAACCUUAAAGGCAACCCUGGAGGAAAAGAAGCCAACACUAUCGAACUCGGAGGAGUUUAA